UGACGUCAAGCUGUUAGAUUCCCAACGACUUGUUUAUUGUUCGUGCAGCACUACAAUGUCCUAGGCUUGUGUUUAAGUUUGACUAGUCCAAUAACCCUCAUAGUUAUCUGUUCCUAAUAUAUAGGUUACAAUUUGCAGACAAGUAUUGCACGAUAAGGACAAAUCAGCUCGUGAGGGGCCACACUGACAACCAAGGAAGUAUCUAUCUUAAAGGCACAGCCCCAGUAUCUGGCACCACCAUCACAAUAAUAGACUAGCUGAUUACAUAAGCGUGUGACCAACUGUAAAGUUGAAGAUCAUCACUUAGGAGAGCCUCAUCAGAGCCGAAACUACAACAAAGAUGGGGAACAGUGCAAUCAAAGCCCAUCUGGAAAAUUCACAGAAGACGGGGAUCUUUCAGCUGACAGGGAAAGGUCUCCCUGAGUUCCCUGAGGAGCUCCAGAGGUUAACUGGAAACCUACGGACUGUAGAUCUGUCUUCCAACAAGAUUGAAGUGCUGCCUCCCGCCAUAGGAAACUUCCUUCAGAUGAAGAGUCUGACUUUAAAUUGUAAUAAACUCACAAGUCUCCCAGAUGAAAUUGGGAAGCUUAAAAAACUAGAGACACUCUUGCUGAACGGGAACCAACUGACGCAGCUCCCUAGCGGUGUAGGACAGUUGAAAGCGUUGCGCACACUCAGCCUGUCUGGGAACAAGUUCCGGGAGUUUCCUGGCGGCCUUGGCUCCCUACGACACCUGGACGUCCUGGACCUGUCCAAGAACCACAUCCAGGCUGUGCCGGCUGAGGUAGCGGCCCUGCAGGCCAUCGAGAUCAAUCUCAACCAGAACCAGAUUUCAGUGGUGUCUGCGGAGGUGUCCACCUGCCAGAGGCUAAAGGUGCUGAGACUGGAGGAGAACUGUCUAGAGCUUGCCUCCAUCCCUGUGUCCAUCCUCACCAGCUCCCAGGUGUCUCUGCUCUCUGUGGAGGGCAACCUGUUCGAGGUGAAAAAUAUGCGUGACCUGGAAGGGUAUGAGAAGUACAUGGAGCGCUUCACUGCAACCAAGAAGAAGUUUGCCUGAAGAAUAGAGAGGGAGCAUCCCCCUGAGUCCAGCUUGUGCACUACACCCAAGCACCCUCCCUAGUGGUUGUCUUACUACAGUAUAUAUGGCUUCUGCACUACAGCAACAGGUUACAACAGCAAGAACCACAGUAGAAUGAGUACUGAUUGAGAGCAUGCUAUGAUCUGUGUAUGACAGCAACAGGAUACCAUGAAUGGAUAUAGAGAACUAUGUGAACAGUGGACGAUAGACAGUGCAUUCACUUACGAUGUUCAUAGAAAUUGCAUCUUGAAUACUAAUUUACGAACAAAACCCUUAGCAGGUUAUACUUAAAUAGUAUAGUGGGCUAAAAUGUCCCUCUACAUUGGCUUUUAACUGCAUAUAAAUUAGCAAACAAUACAAUUGUUGCAGAAGUCAAACACCUCGGUUCAGUAUCAAGCAGUGUUUUGCCUGUCAGAUAGUAUUUGUGCCGUGACCAGCAAGCGAAUGAAAAGUAGUACAGAAUGUCAAAGCAGUGACAAUUGCACUAUAUGGACCCAGAAUGAGGUAAUGAUUUUUAAAGCUCCAUUUUGCAUUAAGGCUUACCCUAUGGAUCUGGAAUGGAUCGUCACAUUUUUUCUGUAGCUCUGUUCCAGAGUGUUUAUUUUCAGCUGAGGAAAGCUGAUUCAUCAGCAUGCCACACACUAAACCAUGGACCAGAGCUAGAUUUUCUGGUGCUGUGAAAGAAUGAAGAAAAGCACAGCCUAAAUGUAAACAAAUCAAUACUGAACAAAAAUAUAAACACAUAUCAAUGAUUUUACUGAGUUAGUUCAUUAUAAGGAAAUCAGUUAAUUUAAAUAAAUAAAUUAGUCCCUAAUGGAUCUAUAGAUUUCUCAUGAUUGGGCAGGGGCAUAGGCCCAUUCACUUGGGAGCCAGGCCCAGCCAAUCAAAAUUAUCUUUUUCCCUCAAAGGGGCUUUAUUAAAGAUAGAACUACUCCUAAGAUUCAUCAGCUGUCUGGGUAGCUGGUCUCAGACGAUCCCACAGGUGAAGAAGCCAGAUGUGGCGGCUCUGGGCUGUCGUGGUCACAUGUGGUCUGCAGUUGUGAGGCCGGUUGGACGUACUGCCAAAUUCUCUAAAACGAUGUUGGGGGUAGCUUAUGGUAGAGAAAUUAACAUUAAAUUUACUGGCAACAGCUUUGGUGGACAUUCCUGCAGUCAGCAUGCUAAUUGCAUGCUCCCUCAACUUGACAUCUAUGGCAUUGUGUUUUGUGUCAACUGCACAUUUUAGAGUGGCAUUUUAUUGUCCCCAGCACAAGGUGAAUCUGUGUAAUGAUAAUGCUGUUUUAAUUAGCUUCUUGAUAUGGCACACCUGUCAGGUGGAUGGAUUGUCUUGGCAAAGGAAAAAUGCUAACUAACAGGAUGUAAACACAUUUGUGCACAACAUUUGAGAUAAAUAAGCUUUUUGUGGGUAUGGAACAUUUCUGGUAACUUUUAUUUCAGCUCAUUAAACAUGGGACCAACACUACAUGUUGCGUUUAUAUUUUUGUUCAGAACAUUUGGCUCUUCGCAAGCAUACUCUUAUUGCUUUUGCAUGCUCAGUAGUUAUAUUAUUUGGACUUGAUUUUUAUUCAUGUGUUAUUUAUCUUCAGUUGGUCUGUUGAACACAUCCUUACUAUUUUAGUAAUUUAACUCUGUAAAUAAUUUGUAGACAUUUUAAAAAGUGUGUGUGAUUGUAUCAGAUAAAAACCACAACAGGAUCACCUCCACUAUUCUAAAUUUGACCCUCAAAGAAGUGUUGAUGGAUCCUCUUCAUAUUAUUUUAUCGGGCAAGGGUCUAGUAACCUUUAUUACUAGAUUGAAGACAACCUCACAAAGAUGAAUGAUCCUGUUUUCUAAUCAGUGUUGCUGAUAAAGGGUGCACUUUCUGUGAAAGGAGGAGUUGCAUUAGGCUUCCAUUAACAAUACAUUUAACUUAUCAGAUGUAUUUAAUUGUAACAGAAUACUCUCCAUGAAUUGUGUUAAUAUACUAACACCGAUUUAUGUAGAAUUAAAUAAAAGCAUUCAAAUGAAACAGUUAUUUAAUUUUACUUAAAUAUGAUUCCAUUUUUUUUGCAUUCAGACCAAUUUCAUAUCAGGUUGUCACAACCUUAAUUUUGCGAAAGGAAUGUACAUGCAGUAAUUUAAUAUACCCCGCAUUUCAUCGCAAUUUCUCCUAAUAAAGAUAUAAUACAUACAAUU